CACGCACCUACUGUCAUCUGCUCAAAUUAAACACUACUUUGGGUUUUCACUACACACCUUGCAUUAGAGAGGCUGCUAUGUAAUUUCACUUGAUUAGCGAAAGAACUGUGUCACCGGAUUUAAAGCAGAAGAACAGAAUGCUUUUAUGAUCAGAAUCAUGAGGGGGGAAAGUGGGAAAAAUGAAGCUUCUCUUUAAUUUACUCUUGGUGGUCUUGAUUAUGCUCGACAAUGGUAUUUUCGGUGUUGGAUCAGAUUUAGAGUCAGUGAUGGAAGGAGAUUCAGUCACUCUAAUCACUGGUGUUAAAACAAACCAACAAGAAGAUAUUAGAUGGUAUUUUAAUGACAUUCGAAUAGCAGAAAUCAGUGGAGAUCUCAGUUACAGUUGUACAGAUGUUCAGUGUAAUGAAGGUAAUGAGAGAUUCAGAGACAGACUGACGCUGGAUCAUCAGACUGGAUCUCUGACCAUCAUGAACACCACAAACACAGACUCUGGACUUUAUGAACUGAAAAUGAUCAGCAGCAGAAUCAGUGGGAAAAUUUUCAAUGUUACUGUUCAUGGUCUUUCUGCUGCUGAACGAGAUGAAGUGAAGAGAAAGUCAGUGAAGGAGGCAGAAUCUCUCACUUUAGAUCCUGGUGUAAUAAAAAAACAAAAUUAUUUAAUGUUGUGGUAUUUUAAUGAUACUCUCAUUGCUGAAAUCAGUAAUCUCAGUUAUAACUGUACAGAUGAUCAGUGUAAAGAUGGUGAUGAGAGAUUCAGAGACAGACUGAAGCUGGACAAUCAGACUGGAUCUCUGACCAUCAUGAACACCAGAAACACAGACUCUGGACUUUAUGAACUGAAGAUUAUCAUCAUCAGGAACAGCAGCUUCAGCAUCACCAGAGUGAAGAGAUUCAAUGUUACUGUCACUGGUCAUGGAGAUUCAUCAGUCUGCUGUGAUUCUGCUGCUGAUCUUUGUGUCCUUCUCUACUCAUGGUCAACCAGCAGGUUAUCAGCAUUUCUGAGACCAGCAUGUGUUUGGCAACAUGAAUGUACAGAGAUGUACUGAUGUGAUCCGCACAAGGAAAAUCACGCCACCAAACCUCCAAUGGCUGCAAAGAAAUUAACACCUUCAUACCAGCAAAUUCAAAUAAUAUUAACACAGUUUGUGGUCAUUUGUAAAUUAAAAAGUGGGGAGAGACAUCCAAACUGUGAAUACAGAGAGAUCCGGGACACUCGUUAUAUAGUGUUAGGGUGUGAAGACGGCUGGCCUGUACAUUAUGAUGAAGGUAUAAUUGAUGGAGAUAAGACAGGCUGAAUAGAGCCUCACAAAGCUUUACAAUAUUUUGCUAAUAAUUUAUUCACUUCUCCUUUUCAAAACAAUCAGAAUCAAUCACAAAGCCCAAAAUAAAACUGAUAAAUAAAUACUUGACCUCAGUUAGUUAUUGUGCAGUGGUUUUACCAGUUCUUCACAUGUAACCAGCAGCCACAGUUUGAGAGCAAAGUCUACCGAAGCACAGCUGUGAACAUCAGCACAAUAGAUGUAUACAUGUAUUUUAAAACAAAGCAUAGCUUUUUGUGUUUUAAAAAUCUAUAUCUUACAAUCUCUAAUUAUAUUUAAGGAAAAUCUCUCUUUUUUUUUCCUAUUGAAGAACAGCACACAAGUUCACCUUAAGUUAUAAGUAAAUUUACCCUUCUGUCUUUGAGAUUCUGAUAUGAACCAGAAUAUCUUCAAUGUCUCUCAUCUCACCAUGUUUUUACCUUAAAUGAGCGUAAUGUUAAAAAUAACUUUACGUUGUUUCUUUAAGUUAAUGGUAUAUUCUGCACUUCUUCAUGUAUGUCUCUGUGAGUAAUUGUGCUUAUCGUGUGCAAGAUUCAGCUAGUCUUCAGCUAUGAAUUUUUAAGCACUCUGUUAACACUUUUUUUUUAAAUGGGAGUAGUGAAUGGGGAAAACAGAUGAGGGAAGAAAGAUGCAAAUGUUUUUUCCACCUGUCUGUAAUCCUCAAUAAAACUUCUCUACUACCCUUAAA